UAACCGAGAUCGGAGAGCCCUAACGACACCGGCGAGUCACACCACCACUGAGAAAAAUCGAACUCCAAAAAGAUCUGUGGAUGAAACGAAGAAUCCUAGGUUUCUGAAUGGUGGUUGGGCCAUUUUUGGCGGGAGUUGCAGUAGCUGCGACUGCACUUGCUGGUAGAUAUGGUAUCCAAGCUUGGCAAGCCUUCAAGUCUAGGCCACCUAGGCCCAAAAUCAAGAAAUUCUACGAAGGCGGUUUCCAGCCUACCAUGACCAAAAGAGAAGCCGCCCUCAUUCUUGGCAUCAGGGAGAAUGUUCCGGCGGAGAAGGUGAAGGAAGCACACAGGAAAGUGAUGGUUGCAAACCAUCCAGACGCAGGUGGUAGCCAUUUCUUGGCCUCUAAGAUCAAUGAAGCUAAAGACGUCAUGCUCGGCAAAACUAAAGGCGGUGGAUCCCUCUUUUAGAUGCUCCAUUAGAAAGAAUCAUCUCUGUCUUUGUGAUAGGCUUUUAUAGCAAUGGAUUGUUAAAAUGGAGAUUGUACACAGACCAUAAGCUUUGUGGUCUCUUUGUGACAUAAAUUCUCAAAAGCUUUGUUUGCUUUUGUGGUCUC